GGACCGUGUUAAUCUUUUCCUCUCCCGGUUACAGAGACGUUAACAAACCGCAAGACAGAGAAACAUAAUAUAUAUCAUUAUUCAAGACAACAAGACGAGGGACAUGUUAAAUCCGGUGAGUGUCAUCAGGUAACGCUAAAAAAAAAAAAUAAAUAAAUAAAAAAAAUGGUAGCCUCUUCUUCCUCCGAGAACAACGAGACCUGCUGCGGAGCUCGAGCGACGGACACGGAGGAGGUUACGCCCGGGAUACAGGCUCCUCAGGCGGAUUGAGAGGUCAUGGAGACGGCGGGGGAGGACGGAGGGUCGUUUACCGUCGACUUAAACGAGAACGAAGAAGCAGAUAGAGGAGGAGAAGGAGGUGGAGGUGGAAAAGGAGGUGAAGGUGGGGAAAGAGAAGGAGAAGGAGGUCACACAUCUUACACUGCACUUAAAGACCGGGGUAGAGGUCUGCUGGCCGGUGUCAGCAGGGGUCAAGAAGCGGGGAAGGGUCGUGGUUGUGUUUACGUGACCGGAAACGUUAACGGGAGGAAUGUAAACAGAGACGGCCUGACACAACAACAACAACACCGGGAGAUCAUGUUGGAUCUGGUGGCGGUGGCAGCAGAGGAGGAGAAGAAGUUCCUCCCCACCACCGGGUUGGUUGACCACCGAGGCCUGAACGGAUUCACGGAGGAGGAGGAGGAGACACCGGGUAUGGUCGGUGUGGUGGUGGGUCAGGUUACCGGGGAGAAUGAAGGGAUGGUGUUGUUGGACAAUGGUGCAGUUACCGGCUGUAUCCGUGCUUCUCUCCCCGGUGGCCGGCUACCAUGCUCGGGGAAACAGCAGCUGAACUGUGCCUGCACCCCUGCAGAGGCUCCAGAGGUUAACAUACCCAAUGGGGGUGUUGACAUGCCCUGGUGUGGGGGUACCGGAGCUGAGAUUGAGGGGUUUUUGGGGAAACAGCAGGUGAACUGUGCCUGCACCCCAGUGGAGCAUCCAGAUUUAAACAUGCCCAAUGGAGGUGUUGACAGGAACUUUGCAUGUACCCCUGCGGAUGUUCCAGACGUAAACAUGCCCAAUGGGGGUGUUGACCAGCCCCGGUGUGGAGGUACUGGAGCGGAGAAUGAGGGGUUUUCUAGCCCAAAGCUGGGCCACAGACUUGGUUUAUAUGACGUGGAAGGUGAGGAAGAAGAGAAGGAAGAGACACCGGGGAUUGAUGGGCAAGAGGAUCCAGUGAUGGGGAUGGUAGGUCGGGUUACCGGGGAGAAGGAAGGGAUGGUGUUAUUAGACAAUGGUGCAGUUACCGGCUGUAUCCGUGCUUCUCUCCCCGGUGGUCAGCUACCAUGCUCGGGGAAACAGCAGCCGAACUGUGCCUGCACCCCUGCGGAUGUUACAGACGUAAACAUACCCAAUGGGGGUGUUGACGGGCCCCGGUGUGGAGGUACCGGAACAGAGAGUGAGGGAUUUUCUAGCCCAAAGCUGGGCCAAAGACUCGGUUUAUGUGACGUAGAAGGUGAGGAGAUGUCAAAUGGUGGUUUACACAUUGUCAACACCGGCAGAGAGACAUGUGACCGGCCUGAGUCGGACUAUUCCCCCCAAAACGGUCCUUUAGACCCGGGGGUAAGGCAAGAGAACUGUAGCGAGGGUUUGGCUUCUGAGUGCCCCAGGGAGGAUGCUCCAGCUGCUGAGAAGCUUCCUCACACCCACCCCACCUCCUUAAAUAACUCCCCCACCCCUGGAUCAAGUGCCAAACUACCCUCUCCCCGCCCGUCUCCCCCCUCCAGCCCAGUUUCUGAGCCCAUCACCAGGGGGGAGGAAGAGGAGGAGGAGGAGGAGGAGGAGGGUUUCAGUGACCUCAGUUUACCUGUUAGGCCGCACACUUUGAGGACUACCCCAAACCUCGCCGUGUCCCUCAGCUGUGAUGCCACCCCGCUGUCCCCCGAUGAGGAUGGGGGGUUUUACUUUGGAGACGAGGGGUACGAGGAGGACCUCCGGAGCGUUUUGGAGGCGGGUCGGAGGCAGAGUGCCCCGGACAAACUGCCAGACCUGACCGGGCAGACGGACAGCUCGGACUCCAAGCUGAUGCCAAAGAGGUUCGGCAUCGCAGAAUUCUUCACCAGGAGCCUGUUUUCUAGGAAACCCAAAGAGCCAAAGGCGCCGUCCCAUAAUGCAACGGGGUGGCGACUGUUCGGCAAGUCGGCGGCCAGAGAAGACGAAGCAGCGAAAGAAGCCGACUCGUCCACACAGGAGGACGAGCAGGUGAAGGAGGACUCGGGUGCGUCCUCGCCUCCUCAGCGCCCCCCAGCUGCCGGCAGGAGGAAGAACCUGGAGUUUGAGCCUCUUUCCACCACCGCUCUUAUUUUGGAGGAUCGGCCGUGGAACCUUCCCGAAUCUAUGGAGGAAACUCAGAGACACAAACUGGAGUACGAGGAGAUGGUGGCUGGAGCCAAGAGGAGAGAGCUGAAAGAGGCUCAGAGGAAGAAGCGUCAGAUGAAGGAGCGACACAGACAGGAAGACAGCAUCUCUAACGCCAUGGUGAUCUGGAACACCGAGAUCCUGCCGCACUGGGACUCCAUGAAGGGAACGAGGCGGGUCAGGGAGCUCUGGUGGCAGGGUCUUCCUCCCAGCGUCAGAGGAAGAGUGUGGAGCCUCGCCAUCGGCAACGAGCUCAACAUCACACCAGAUUUUAUUAUACGUACAGUCCAGGGUAUGUCCUUCAUCGCUGCUGUGCUCAUCCUCAACCUGGAGGAAGCUGAAGCCUUCAUCACCUUCGCCAACCUGCUAAAUAAACCCUGUCAGAUGGCUUUCUUUAGAGUGGACCAUGAACUGAUGUUGAAGUAUUUUGCAGUAUUUGAGGUUUUCUUUGAGGAGAAUCUUCCUCGUCUCUUCAGUCAUUUCCAAACCAACAGUUUGACCCCUGACCUUUAUCUCAUCGACUGGAUCUUCACUCUCUACAGUAAGUCUCUUCCUCUGGACAUGGCCUGCCGUGUCUGGGACGUCUUCUGUCGUGACGGAGAGGAGAGUUUGUUCCGGACGGGUUUGGGCAUCCUGCGUCUGUACGAAGACGUCCUGCUGCAGAUGGACUUCAUCCACAUCGCUCAGUUCCUCACACGUCUGCCUGAAGAUCUGCAGUCUCACACGCUGUUCACCGCCAUGGCAAACACACACAUGGUCAGCAGGAACCGCCGCUGGGCUCAGGUGUUUUCUGCGUCGAUGAAAGACGGAAACAGAGAGACGGAUAAAAACAGCAGCCCUGCUCUGAGAAGCUAACGUUAAAAACUCUAAACUCUAAACCGCCUCCAAACUAAACUAACCGCUCAACGCCACGAGGCAGACUCCAGGAGGUAA